AUGGAGCAAAAACAUCAAGACUUGAUUAAGGCAAACUACUCAACAUUGGUGAAGAAGAUGAUGGCUGUUCCUGUUGCGGGACAUCUUUACGCCUCAAACAUAAUUACUGAUGAAAUGAGACAACAGAUAGACGCUGAGAAAACCAGCUAUGACAAAAACAGAAAACUGAUCAGCUUCAUUUUACGUCGAGGUUCGAGAGCUUUUAUGGGACUUAGAAUGGCAUUAAUGAAAGCCAAUCAAGCUGACUUAUCCCGACUCCUAAUGAAUAGGGAUGAUGACACAAAGUCUGAGUACGAAAAGAAGCUGGCCAUGGCAAGAUCAUUAGUCGUAAGUACUAAAGAAAAAGGAGGUUCCAGAAAUCAAUCAAAGUCGAUCAUCAACAGUCUUAGGAGCCAAGAUGUAGGAUAA